AACAGAAUCAACAAAUCCCGCUCUUAUACUAAGAAGACUAAACAAAAGGAUUCUCUUCUUUCCUUGGUUCUUCAAAACGCUAUCAUUAUACUUUCUUGUUCUUUCUGCAAGGGUUGUGGUAUUCAGUCUUGUCAAGUUUCCGUUGAGGAUUCCUCUCGCUGCGCUGAAUGUAUCCGCCUGAGUUGCUCUCAGUGCAAUAUUCAAGGGUUGAGCGCAGCGGAAAUUCGUUGA